AGAAAGAAGGCAUAUAGACAAAGGGGAAAAAUAAAAACAGGGGGAAAAAGAGGAAAAACACACUUCGUUUUGUGCUCUCCUUUCUUUCUCGUUUCUUAAUAUUUUCUAGCACUUCUUCUUCUUCUCCUUCCAAAGAUCAAUUCAAAUCGAGCAAAUCCCUCGCCGGCCUUCCCCCGCCAGCUCCCCCAAUCUGUCUUCCCGUUUUCGCGCGUAUUCCGUAGGGAUUUCACCUCUUUCUUCCGGCGGCGCCCUUUUCAGGUUUAGAGAAAGGCGGGGGAAAGAACUUUGGAGGGAAGUUUAUUUUCGGCUGCUGGGGUUUGCUGUGCUUCGAAAUAUGAGCGGCGGCGGAGCUGGUGGUGGGGUUAGGGUUUCAAUCCCCGGCAGCGUCAGGAAGACGAUCCAGAACAUAAAGGAGAUCACAGGGAAUCAUAGUGAUGAAGAAAUUUACGCAAUGCUCAAGGAGUGUUCCAUGGAUCCCAACGAAACCACCCAGAAGCUCCUCCUUCUCGACCCAUUUCAUGAAGUCAAAAGGAAGCGCGACAAAAAGAAAGAGAAUGUUAACAAUAAAGAGGCAGGAGAUUCUCGGUGGAGGUCCGGCACCCAAGGGCGGGGGAGUAGGGGUGGUCGGUCAAACUAUACUCCUCGUUAUUCCUCUCAUGAUGGAGGCAGUGGCCGAGCUCCUGGCCCAGGAAGGGAAAAUAAUACCAGCCAACCUGCAGAGAAAGGUGUUGGCUCAUCAGCACCAGCUUCCCAGGAGAAAAUUAAAGACGCAACUACCCCUGAAAUCUCUGUUGCUGUUGUUGCCAACGGUCCUGUUGGUGUAGCCUCUGGUACUGCUAGUGAACAAGGGGAGUCAACUACUGCUGAUAAAACCCCUGUAGUUGCUCAUGGAACUGGUGACACAGUGGUGGAGCUGGUGCCAAGUAGUAGCAGUGCAUCAGUGUCGGUGACUGCAGUAUCUUCAUCGACUGUCUGUUUCUCUUCAUCAGAUCCAGUACUAGUGCCAUCUAAUGAUUCAAGGCUUGCUGGUACAGUGGGUACAAUUAAGCGUGAAGUGGGGAGCCAUCGAACUCUUGCUGAUACGAAUUCUGCUCCCAAUUCUGAGAAACCAGUUCCAGUGAAGAUUUCGAACAAACCCCAAGUUGCGGGGAAGAGUCAGUUUAGUGAAUCUUCUCAACCCUCAUCUGCAUCAGUCCAUGCUGGUUCUUCUAGUAGUAGGCCAUCCGCUAAUUAUGGCAGUAGGUCACAGCAAGUGGUUGGUCCUCAAAAAGGUAACGAGCUGGCCUUCCAUUUGAUCCUUCAACGCAUUUCCCCUGUCAAUUACCUGUUGGUGUGGUUGCAUGACAUUCUGAGUCGAGUUUUAGUUAAAUGUAUAUCAGAAGCAGUGCACAUUGGUUUCAACUGAAAAUUAGCGGCUAUAAUAUGUGUCCUUUAAGCUUUAUAGGUUCUCUUGGUGAGUAUGAAAGUAAUGCAUGGGAGAAAAAAAAAAAAAAAGAGCUCAGGUGGAACCAUUAAACUUUUUUCCAACCCCACCAUUCCUUUUUUUAUAAUUUUUAUUAUUAAUUUUCUCUCGUGCCGACUUCCACCUACUUCCACCACUUGUAUUAUUUGCUGAAGAAGUUCUUUUGACUGAAAACACAUGGUUUUCUAAUCUACUGCUGGUGUAGAUAUGACCUUGCAUCAUAUAUUGUUAUGGAUAAUUCUGUGCAGUGUUUCUACAAGAUUCCUAUUCAUUGUUGCUAUUUGUUUAUUUAGUUUUAGUUUGGUAGUUGACUAUCUCUCUGCGUUUUCAACAGUUGGUUCUACCAAGGAGUGGAAACCAAAACCUACAAACUCCACUGCAGGCCAGGUUUCUGUUAUAACUAGCUCUACAGAGGUUCCUAAUGCACCGGUUGAAGUUGUUCCUCAAUCAGUUCCUCAAGCACAGCCAGCUUCAGCAGGUGAUAUGGAUGAUUUAAGUGCUAACUUGCAGAAGUUGGAGUUUCCUCUUCCUCUUCCACAGCGACAGCAUGUUAUUAUUCCAAACCAUAUCCAUGUUCCGGAAUCGGAGAGAAACAAAUUGAGCUUUGGAAGCUUUGAUGCUAACUUUGGAGUAACUUCAAGCUAUGCUAGUGGACCCGAGAGUGAAAAAAGCUCCACUCCCUUGUCCGAAGCAACACACAGCGUUGAAGAAGCUCUGGAGGAGCCGGUAGCAAGGUGUGUUUUAAAUAUGUAAAUUUUUAGUUUGACUUGGAUAACAUUGGUCUGUGGUUCAGUACCAUGGCCAUGGACUUUAUUAUUAGUUACAUUGACUGGUGCUAUCAAAUAUAGGCUGUAGCAUGUUCAGCAUUUGUCUUGUCACCUCCACUUACAUAGUUUUGCUGACUUGCUAUACAUGGCUCCCAACAGUCAAGUUGUAGAUGCUGAGGGAACUUAUCCUGACCAGCCACAACCACAGUCACCUUCUCCUGUGUCUGGUGAUUUGCAAAACGAUGGUGAUGUUUCAGCCAGCGCAGCACCUGAUUAUAGCGAGGGCAAGCAAGAAAGUGCGAUGUCUGCUGCUCAUCCUUACUCGGGGGUUCAUGCUCCCCCAAGCUAUUUUGGUAUUGUUCAUCCUGUGAUAGGUGGCCAGAUUCCACAGUUUGAAAACUCAGAAUCUCAACCGCGUGAUGUUUCUCGCCUGCCUAGCUUUGUGGUAAGCCUUCUGACCUGUAUGUCUUAUAUUAAUGUGGUGGUUUGAUAGUCACUUAAAGGGAAAACUUUCAAGAUUGAGCUUCUUGUGUCGUUGAGGGACGCCCAGGUUUAUUUAGAUUUUGACACAAUGAAAUGAUGUCUCCAUGGGUAGUUCCUAUAGCUAUUGCAAUAAAAGUUAUUAGGGAUAGAGGCCCAGGCACUUGCCUGGCUUAUCACAUUUACUCUAAUUUUCAUUCUUGAUUAGUCUUUCCUUUUGUGCUUUGAAUCCAUUUAUAUUUCUCGAAUUCUCCUUGGCUGCUCUGUUAUUGUGCACUAGAGAAUGCUGUACAUUGCUAGUGUUACCGACAAAGUUCAAAGACGAGCAAAGCUGCACACACAUCCUAGAAUGUAGCCCAACUAAUUAUGGUUAAACGAGACAGUCAUAUUUUUUCCUCUUCAUUUGGAUAUUUGCUUGAUGUCAAUAAUGAAACACAGUAAAACAUGCCUCAAAUAAGUUACUAUAAUUGUGAUACAAGGAUAAUUCUUAGUUUCUCCUAAUGUUUAUGUUGGUGGAUCCUCUGUAGGUCCAACAGCCAUUUGAUCCAGCAAGUUACUAUGCACAAUUUUAUCGUUCUGGUGCGGAGGGCGAUGGCCGUGUUUCUCCUUUCCCGUCUCCUGGAGUUGCUGCCAAGUACAAUGGGAAUGUUGCAGUGUUACCUACACACACUUCCCAGUCUCCUCAAGAGGUAUUAACAUACAGACCUCGGCAAAUUGUUGUUACUUGAAGCAAUAUGAUCAUUGUAGUAGCACUGGUUACUUUUUAGUGGGGAUUGGUAGUUUGAUCUCUAUUUGAGCUUUGUUGAUCAUCCAGGUCAGCAUGAUUCUAUGGAGGUAGUUUCAUUUUAGUGAGGUGACUUUUAGCUCUUAAAAAUUUGUGACGUCUACCUGGAUCAUUAUUUGAGGAGUUGGAUUGAAUCAAUGUAGUCAAAAUCGUAAGUUUUUAAGCUUUAAAACGCGUUUUUAAUUACAUUAGCUAUAAAAACUGGGAUUUUGCAUAGAAGCGUUUUGGUGACCUAGACAUGUAAAAACGUUAGUUUUUAAGUUUUAAAGCGUGAUUUUGACUACAUUGGAUUGAAUAAGGCUGUUUGUUUCAG